AUGCCCACCAAAGACCCUUGUCCUGUGCGUAUUGUGUGCACGUAUUGCACUUAUGCGCCCGAUACGGGCUACGGCCUUUCGGAGGCCCGGACGCAGGUCAAAGGGACAUGGACAUGGAGGGAUUGGCAUCAGCGAGUUGGGCUUGGCUUCCGUAAUUCUCGGGGCUUUGGGGUCAUAAGGCGGGUCAACACCGUUGGUGAUGGUUUAUGCGCAAACCCGAGUUCAAGAUACAAGACUACAAGUCGUACCAUCUCAAACAUUCACUGUGUACAAGAGGCGGAAACGAACAAUUCGAAGAAAACCCUCAUCCGUAAUGAUGUCCCCAUGACAUGUCCAUAA